GUGUGUAUCCCUUUAACCUCCAAUCAACUUGAAGGUUCUAUCUAUAAGCUGAGAGCAGCGAAGCUCCAUACUUAUUCUAGUAUGAUACAUACAGCGCUAUAUUCAUCCAGGCUCUCUUCCAUUUCAGAGACAAAUCGAGCAGGGCUCAUGCACUUGUAGCCAACUUGCAGGUGACUUGGACUACAUGGUCCGAUGCUCAGUCCAAGCAGGAGCACGGUACUCGUACAGUGUCAUUCCCGUUCCAUGUUGUAACCGCAAAUGAAAUGACAACAUACGGGUAGGACACUGCAUACAGGAUUCACCGGAAUCGUUCAAAGUUAGUCGAGUACCGUAAUUGAACCCUUUCCAACGCCCUUUCCCCAUCAGUUACGCUCUCCCCACAGCCUGCUCACCGCCAGCUAACCCUUGCUCGCGGAUGCCCCCCCGGAGUUGCGAGAUAAAGCUUACAAAUUCGCCAUCCGAUUACUUACUCUUGAUGCUUGAUAAGCUAUGAUAUCAUACCCGCCCCGUUUAAAUGCCCUGCAUUCCCAUCUGAGCUCUGGAGUUCCCCCUCACAAACGCACCUUUCUCAACAGCCUUUCGCACCCCAAUCGCCGAAAUGUCUUCACUUCCGAAAACCCAACGAUCUGUUCGGAUUAAUGCUUAUGGAGGAGUCGAUGUGAUCAAGGUUGUCACGGAUGCACUCGUGCCGAGCCCUGCGGAUAAUGAAGUUUUGGUUAAGAAUACGUAUGCUGGGUUGAAUUUUAUCGACACUGUUUGUCCCUCUCUCCUCCCUGCCUUUGCUUUACGGGAUGGCGCCAUAAACUGAUUAACGGGACAGUACUCCCGCACGGGUCUCUACCCUGCGCCUUCGUUCCCGCACACCCUCGGACGUGAAGCGGAGGGCACGAUUGCUGCAGUUGGAAAGUCCGUCCAGAACUUCAAGGUUGGCGACAGGGUAGCAUAUUUGGGAAUCGGUGCCCAGCAAGAAUAUACCGCUCUUGACCCGUUCUAUGUUGCGCAUGUUCCCCCUGCUAUUCCGGAAGGUGUUGCGGCGGCUGGUAUUCUUCAAGGCCUUACGGCUCUGGCGUUCGCCCGUGAGAGCUACGAAAUUAAGAAUGGUGACUAUAUCCUCAUUCACGCUGCGGCUGGCGGCAUCGGCUUGUGGCUUGUUCAAAUUGCAAAAAGCUAUUGGCGCGCAUGUUAUCGCGACUGCUUCCAACGACCAAAAGCUUGCAAUAGCUCAAGAACAUGGAGCGGAGUUUUUGAUCAACUACUCAACUCAGGAUUGGGUUGCCGAGGUCAAGAAGAUCACAAAGGACGCCGGCGGUGGGGUUGCUGCUGUGUUUGAUGGGGUUGGGAAGGAUACUUUUGAUGGUGACUUGGAAGUUGUGAGGAGAAAGGGGACAGUAGUUUCUCUGGGUAAUGCCAGUGGGGCUGUCCCGCCAUUCGCAAUUGCAAGGCUAUCGCCCAAGAAUCUUAAGCUUCUGAGGCCACAAUUGUUUGCCUAUAUCGGUUAGUAGCCACUCUAAAGCAGUUUAGGGUAUAAUUGUUAAUAGUGUAUAGCCGAGAGGAGGGAAUUCGAAGCUUAUACCCGGGAGAUUUUCGAUUGGAUCAUUGAAGGUAGAGUUAAGGUCAAUAUCCACAAGGCCUACCCGCUCGAAGAGGUAGCACAGGCGCAAACGGUAACUGCACAUCCGCCUCACGGUGGAGCUUGGCUAACACAUGGCGCCACUACCUUAGGAUCUUGAGUCCCGCACCACUACCGGGAAAUUGAUUCUGAAAAUUUGAGAUGGAAAUUCCAUCCCGGCGCUGUAAAUGAAUACGGAUAUCAGAUAUUCAGGGUCGAGUGAUGGAUAGCGUAACUAGUUAUAUCCUAUCCCGGAUAUAGUAAAUAGCUUCGCCAACACAAGAGCAGAAAAUAAGGCAAAUGAGGUCAGGCGGCGUAGAGUUUUGCGAAUUAUAGGAACCAACUCCUUGAU